AGUUAGGGUGGACGCGUUGGGGUUUAGAGGCACGAAGUGGGGAGCAGGGGAAGGCAGGUGGGGAGCAGGGAAGGAAAUGAGUAGAGGAGAGGCAAGGGGGGAGCAGUGGUGGGGCACGAGGUGGGGGGAGGGAGGAUUGGAGAUGAGGGGUUUAUUUUUUCAUUCGUGGGAUGAGGGCAUUGCUGACUAGGCAGCAUUUAUUGCCCAGAGGGCAGUUCAGAAUCAACCACAUUGCUGUGGGUCUGGAGUCCACAUGUCGGCCAGACCAGGGUGAAAAGAAGGAAAAUCCUAUGCGUGAGCUCCGCAUUAGGAAGCUGUGUUUGAAUAUCUGCGUGGGUGAAAGUGGUGACAGACUCACCAGAGCUGCUAAAGUGUUGGAGCAACUCACUGGCCAGACCCCAGUGUUUUCCAAAGCUCGCUAUACUGUGCGCUCGUUUGGUAUUAGAAGAAAUGAGAAGAUUGCUGUUCAUUGCACAAUCCGAGGAGCCAAAGCUGAGGAAAUUCUAGAGAAAGGUCUAAAGGUUCGGGAGUAUGAACUGAGAAAGAGUAACUUCUGCAACACAGGAAAUUUUGGCUUUGGUAUCCAGGAGCACAUUGAUCUGGGCAUAAAGUACGAUCCCAGUAUUGGAAUUUAUGGUCUGGAUUUCUAUGUGGUCAUGGGACGGCCUGGUUUCAGCAUUUCUGAUAAAAAGGUGAAAAGGGGACGCAUUGGCUCAAAACACAAGAUUUCCAAGGAAGAAUCAAUGAGGUGGUUUCAGCAAAAAUAUGAUGGCAUCCUCCUGCCUGGAAAGUAAUUUGAAGAGCAGAUGAAAAAGCAAUAAAAUCCAUUUAUAACAGUA